GGGCGAUCUGACCUGUACUUCUGCGAUAUGGGGGGCGGGGAGGUCUGCACUUUUAGCUUCGGGGCAAGGACACGGGAUGCCGCAUCUCAGUUAAAAGGAUAGGGCUUUGGAGACAGAUGCUGGUUUUUCCUGUAUCCAGCGCUUCUUUUGGACACCGGCCCAUGCUAGAGAUCCUCCCCCUUCGGAACCAGGGAUUGAACUCAGGCCCUUGCGCUUGCAAGGUGUAUCAUGAAUCCCAGUAUGAAGCAGAAACAAGAAGAAAUCCAAGAAAAUGUAAAGAAUAAGCCUGCGCCAAGAAGAACUCUGAAGAUGAUUCAGCCUUCUGCAGCUGGAUCUCUUGUUGGAAGAGAAAAUGAGUUGCCUAAAGGCUUAUCCAAAAGGAAACAUUCAAAUGACCAGUUAACACCUAAGACUUCAAGCUCUGGAGCAGUUAUUGACCCAGAAUCUGAUGAAAAUAAGAAUCAUGGAGGAGUCACCCAAGAAGCAUUUGAUCUUAUGAUUAAAGAAAAUCCAUCUUCUCAAUAUUGGAAAGAAGUGGCAGAAAAACGAAGGAAAGCUCUCUAUGAAGCCCUUAAGGAAAAUGAGAAACUUCAUAAAGAAAUUGAACAAAAAGACAAUGAAAUUGCCCAUCUGAGAAAGGAGAAUAAAGAAUUGGCAGAAGUAGCAGAACACGUACAGUAUAUGGCAGAGGUGAUCGAGAGACUGUCUCGUGAACCUCUGCAUAGCUCUGAAUCAUCUGACAGCCAGGAAUUUGAUUUUGGAGAGGAAAUUGCUGAGGAUUCUGAAGUGGAAGACUCAGAGAGUGCCGCAUGUGAAGAAACCGUUUCUUCUUCUACAGAUGCAGAGCCAAGUACAUGAAGUUCAUGAGUAUUUGACUCAAGAAAUACACUGCCAAUGCUUAUUACCUCCAUUUCAGUUCUGUGUAGCAGUGCAAAUAACUACAUAACGGAAAUGCUGGAAUCACGUUUCUUUGACUACUGGGACCUGAAUAUUGUAUUCAAAUACUAUAUAUUUUUAAUCUGUGUUUUAUGUAAAUAAUAGUUUUACUCAGUUGUCAGGUAUGACUUACGUAUAUGGUACGAUAAAUAAACUUGAGUUUCCUAUCUUGAAAGAAUGAAGUAUGAGAAGUCUACAGAAAACGCCUAUUUCUAGCCUGUUACACUGUUUGCUUUCUGUUGCUGCCUUGGAAAACAUGAGGGGAAGAUGAAUUUGUCCCAUUUAGACUGAGAUAGCUGAAGUUUCAACUCUCCACUCAAACCUGGUUGUAUCUCAGAUGUACUGUAUUAGAGACUUUCAGACCCCAUUCUCAAAUAUUCCUACUGAGUAGUUUUUUUUUUUUUUUUUUGUGGAACCGGGGAUUGACUGGGUAGGUUUUGGACCAGAGCAUGGCAACCUGUUUUCCACAAGUUUCCCCAAGUGGAUCUGAUUACUGCAGGAAAGGCUUGACUGACUGGUGUUAUUUGUGGAAAUGAUUGAUGAUAGGGACAGUACUUUUAGAAACAAAGUUGGGAGAGGUGGUGAAAAUCCGGUGGAGAAACAGUACCAGGUUAUACAACUGCUGUUUACAUAUAGAAAAAUAAGAGUAGGUUGAGAUUAAUGAGGGAUUUUGUAUGCAUACUUUGUUUUGAAGGAAAGAACAAUUAAGGACAUCGUUUGCAAAGUUUAUGGCAUUGGUAUUACAUACAUUUUCAGUGGAUCCUUGUUAGGACCAGCCUGAGAUACUAGCAACUUGGGUUAUGACGAGAACUUGUGACCAAAGUCUUGAGGAGUUAUGACCUGAAUGUUGGCCACUUCUGCUUCCAGGUGGUCUCAGAUAGAUUUAACCCUUAAAGAGUUCUGUAAGGAACAUCACAACCUCCUUCCCUGUGUAUGGUUAAUUGUGAAAUACAGGGCCAGUGUCUCUAAGGACACUGAGAACUGCCUGUGUACAGGAGGGAAAGCUUGAAAGCUGUGUAGAGGAGCCUAGGCCAGCCUUGACAACUUGAGUUAAACCAGCCCUGGGGAACGCAUUGAGUUUGUGAAUCAAGGGUCCACUGUUGUGAUAAGUAUACUAGUAGUUUUGUAUAAAUUAAUAAAAGCAAUACCACGCUUUACAGAUUGCUUUUUAGAUGUUCCUGUAUAGAACCUCAUGUGAUGUGCAGUCUUGAGAUAGAGCACACCUCAGUGUUACAAGGAUUAAGACCUUGUAGUAAAGUACUUCUCAGCCUUUUACCUGAACUAUAGUAAGAAAUAGAAGCUGUUACUAAUACCACCUUGUCCAGUAGCACUUUUGAAGUAUUAGAAAUAUGUGCUGUCCAGUACAGUAGACACUACUGAGCACUUGAAAUAUCAUUGUAAAUGAGGACUGUGAACUUUAUAUUUAAGGGGGCAGGCCAAAUAGCUCAGUGGAUUAAAGCUCCUGCAAGCAGGCACAGGGGCCGGGGGUUCAAUCCCUGGGGCCUGCCAUGCCGGCCCAACCCCCAGGGGUAUGGGGCUGGUUAUAUAAACUUACUCUGCCCUCCAGUGGAGUGCUCUCAAGAGCACGAAUGAAUAAACUUUAUGUAGAAGUAAAUCUGAGAUGACUGGUUUGUAUAGCUACUACUAUGUGUUAAGGGCCAAGAUACAUAUACAUAUAUAUAUAUAUAUGCACGUAUGCAUAUUGUAUAUUGUAUGUAGAUAGCCUCUGGGAAGAGCAGCGUUGUUUUUGCUUUUUGCUCUUAGCACUAGUUUUUACAUUUUUAGUGGGUCACAUGUUUGCUUUUCUGUAUCUAAUAUUUUCUUCCUACAUAUGUAGCUCCUGGCUUUAGUGGGGUUGAUUUACCUGACUUGUGACUUCUGAAAAAUGCUAUGUGUGUGGCUCAGCUCUUCCCUUACUUUGAGGAAUGGGGCUGGUAUUGCUCUUUUCUGCUGCUCUUGGCCCAAGGAUAGACUGAAGUCAAAUUAUUGAUUAAAUGUAAAGACACUAUUUGGGCAUGCAGGUUCUCAAAUUCUUACCUCCUGUGUCUUUCUUGGUACAGUUCUAGAAAAUCUCCAUAUUCAGUUGUAAGGAUGAACCACAGAGAGGCAGGAGAGUGUACAAGAUACAUGAGCUGCAGCAUGGAGUUGUGAUGGGGGAGGGUGUGGAUAUUGAAGAAAAUCCUUAAAUAAUAUAGAGUCCAAAAAUAUGCAUACUUUAGGAAAAAAAAUAGUGUAUAUUUUCAACAAAUGGUGUUACCCUCCUAUGGGGGAUACUAGAGGAAGUCUUGUAUCACAGAAAAGCCACUGCCCCUGGGUCCCUUGAAGAAAUUCAAAAUUAAUGUGCAUCGGUCUCAAUGGCCAAGGUUACCCCAGCAGUUAAUUUUGCUAAUUAAUGUCAAAAGCUAAUGGCCAACACUUUGAGCACCUCCUGUAAUUGUAGAGGUCAAGGUU